UGCUCUUCUUUCUCUUGCCAUCUUGGUUGAGAUCAACGAUGGAUGCUCCGAGGAGCCAAGCGGUGAAGAGCGUGAGCACCGAGCGCAAGAUGGUCCAAGAGAGGUCGGAGGCCGGUGAAGCGCCACCCAUUGAGUAUAUAGUAAAAGAAUCCCAACGCCCACCCAAUGCUCCGCCGCCGCUGACCACUGCACUUCCCGUCGUCCAUCUCGGCCAGCCGGACGAGGCCGAGGAGAUCAAGGCCGCCCUUCAGUCCUGGGGCAUGUUUCAGGUUAUUGAUCAUGGCAUGCCACCAUCCUUUCUGGAUGAACUAAGAGUUGUUGCAAGAGCUUUCUUUAAACUUCCAGUGGAGGAGAAGCAAAAAUAUAGCAAUAUAAGAGAUGGAAAGUUUGGACUAGAGGGAUACGGAAAUGAUGAAGUUAUAGCAGAAGGCCAAAUCCUUGACUGGACUGACCGCCUUUUUUCUCUUAGUCCAACCUGAAGAUCAAAGGAAACUAGAACUUUGGCCAACAAAUCCAAAUUCUUUAAG